UCGUUACAUGUUUUUUCUACGAAAUAUUCUUUUCCUAGGAAAAGAAGAAAAAAGUUGAAAUAAAAAAAAGAAUAGUUCAUUUAUUUACAAUUUCCAUUAGUUUAUGCCAAAUUGUAUUUCUUCAAAGGAAUAGAUUUUACGAGAAAGUAUUUUUCCAGAUGGAGAGUAGUGGUGGCGCAGGAAAUACUCAGAGAAGGCGCCUUACCAUUUGUUUACCCUAAACUCGUCCCCUGAAACCCUCAAAUCGUAAACAUUAUUUUUAACAGUUAAUAACUGCAAAAAAUGGCUGGUGAAGUUGUAGUUGAUGCUCUCCCGUACAUAGAUCAGGGAUACGAUGAGCCAGGAGUCAGAGAGGCUGCAUCGGCUAUGGUGGAGGAGGAGAUUCGAAGGUACAGACCCACGAAGAACUACCUGGAGCACCUUCCACCCCUGAACAGAUCGUCAUUCGAGACUGACAUCAUGAAACACGAAUUCGAGAGGAUGCAGAAUCGAAUACCCAUGGAGGUGCUCAGUAUGAAACGAUACGAACUCCCUCCACCUCCUCCGGGGAAGAUGAAUGAUCUUGCUGCUUGGAAUGAGAGUGUGGAUAAUACUAGUGCACAAUUGGAGCAUCAGGCGACUAGAAUAUGUAACUUGGAAUUGAUGAUGGAAUACGGUUGUGAAGCCUGGAAAUCUCACCUAGAAGUGGUUGUGAAGAUGGUGAGUCAUGCCCAGAAAGAGCUUCAGUCCUUGAGGAAAAGCAUUCAAGAGGUGAAUUGGCAGCGAAAAUCCAUGCAGACUCAAGGGGGCGAGAAGCUUCGAGCCCUGGAAGCCCAGUGGGUGGGUCUAGUCUCCAAGAACUACGAGAUCGAGCGGGCAUGUGUACACCUGGAGGAGGAGCUCCAGACGGUCAGCAUGCACCAAGGAGAGGGAUUCUAAGUCACUGACGUACCCACAGAGACACGACAACCGAAUAUUCCUGAGGAGAGUGCAGCAGAACCUGCAGUUGUUGGGAAUGCAGAACACGAGGGGGAAAUCUCGUGAUCCUCCAACAGCAUUAAAACUAAUUAGAUAUGGGGAAUCAACCAUGUACGACAUUCAGACGAUAAAAAUUAAUAAAGCACGAUUUAUUUAAUAACUCUACAUGUAUCACUCGUUCCUUCGACUCGAUUACAAUAUACAUAUUUACAUAACACUGCUAUACAGCUGACAAGAAGCUGGAAAAAAUUCUUUGGUUGAUUUUAAUAAGAAGAAUUGUUGAGGAAACUGUGUUUUAUCAUUUCGUUGCAUAAUUGAUUUUUUUAUGAGGUAACUAAAUUAAUAUUCACCUUUUUGUAGAGUUAGAUUUAAGUACAAAAAAAGAUGUAUACAAUUUUCCGAUAUUUUUCAAGAAUUUAUAGUUUUUUAAUUAUUGACCGACAUUUUCGCGUGACUUUUCGAGUCAAUAUUUCAGAAAAAAUUGAGUUUUCUCGGUAUUUUGUGAUAUUGCAAUAAAAUUGAAUUCAAAAUUUAAAACAAUUAAGUUGUGAGAUAAUUUCUCGAAUGGAUCUUCUCAUUAAAUUCCCCCGAAGAAUAAAAAAAUUAAUAAAAUUAUUUAUAAUUCUUCCUAAAACUCGCACCAUUUCGUAUUAAAUACCAUCGAGGUACAAUAAAAGCGGGAUAUUCUCUUCUCACAUCAGUCGUUUAGGCGCAAAAGCUGGUUCUGGGAUUUAAUUCUUUGUUCUUUAGCAUUUUUUCUGUCAUCGAUUGAGUAGAAAAAUACAUUGAAUCCUGAUUAGGCGAGGUUUACAUGACUAUUUGGAAAGUUAUCGAGUUAUGAGAUCUUAUCCGAGCGAAUCGUCGCGAUCCGACGAGUGUCAUAAAGACGUUUCUGAGGCACCUGAGCUCUGGGACUGCAGGGGAAGACUUCCUUUGUACCCAGCUGCCUCCUCCUCCAGCAUUGCUAUUCUUUGUUUCAAGAGUUUCACCUGCAACAUUUGUAGACCAAAAUAGACUGAUUAAUCCCAGUUUCUCCCGUUCAUCCAACAAAUUAUUAGGAUUUUCGAUGAAAAUGAAUAUGAAGACUAAAGACAAAAAUAUUAACACGUAAUUUAUUUAAUCUGGCAAAUAACUGAGAAUUAACGAGUUACAAAAUUCUGUCAUAAAAUUGAUUUGAAUUAAACAACAAUUAAGAGUUGUAAUGAGCUUUGAAUAAUUGAUUGACUGACUUGAAUACCUC